AUGGCGUUCUUCUUCGUGGUGGGAACGAAAGAUUUCACGAGCCCGUUGAAGGGCUAUGAGGGUGUAACAGCACAGUGCCACAACUGUGGCAAUUGGGCGGCACAUCCAAUUUCAUCCUGGGACUGGUUCACCUUCUGUUGGGUCCCGAUCAUUCCGCUGGGAGGAAAGCACAAAGAUCUCGCUUGCUCCAUCUGCCGAUUCCGUCAAGACAUCCGUAACCGACCCGACGUUGGCUCAAUGCAAGGCCAAGGACCCAUGCCUCCCCAACAUCAAGGACCUCCGCAGGGCUGGGGCGGGCAUCCUCCAGGUCCAGGAGGACAGCAAUACAAGUGA